GACAGGGCAGGGGCGACCAUGGCGGCGGCGGCGGGGGGCCGGGGCAGCGGCAGCGAGGACGGCGAUGUCCCCGCCGCCACCCGCCUGCAGGCCUACGCCUGGUGCCGCGAGUUUCUGGCCGGCUCCUGGAAGCUCAUCGGCCCGGACGAGUUCGGCAUCUGGCCCAUCGGCGGGGGGCUCAGUAACCUGCUGUACAAGUGCGCGCUGCCCGAGCACGUGCAGAGCGUGGGGGACGAGCCCCGGCAGGUGCUGCUGCGCGUCUAUGGGGCCAUCCUGCAGGGCGUGGACUCCCUGGUGCUCGAGAGCGUCAUGUUCGCCAUCCUGGCCGAGCGCGCGCUGGGGCCGCGCCUCUUCGGCGUGUUCCCGCAGGGCCGCCUGGAGCAGUACCUGCCGAGCCGGCGGCUGCGCACCGAGGAGCUGCGGGACCCGCGCGUGUCGGCCGAGAUCGCCAUCACCAUGGCGCGCUUCCACGGCAUGGCCAUGCCCUUCAACAAGGAGCCCAAGUGGCUCUUUGGGACCAUGGAGGGGUACCUGCGGCAGAUCGCGGAGCUGACGUUCUCGGAGCCGGCACAGCUGCAGCAGCUGGAGCAGCUCCGCGGCUACAACCUGGAGCAGGAGAUGAGGAGCCUCAGGUCACUGCCACCCCCUGAGGGUCCCUCUGCUGUCCCCUGUCCCCACCCGGCCCCCGGGGCAGGGAUCCUGUCCGUGGUUCUGUCCUUCCCUCUGUGUCCCCAUGUCCCUGGUGUCCCCUCUAUCUCAGGUCCCCCACUGUGUCCCUCGUGUGUCCCCCUUGUCCUCGCAUGCCUGGUGUCCCCUGUGGGCUUUGACCUGGGCAAUCACUUCUGCGAGUGGGUUUACAGCUACAGCCACGAGGGCUGGCCCUGCUUCCAGGCACACCCCGAGCACUUCCCCAGCCGCCAGCAGCAGCUCCAUUUCAUCCGCCAUUACCUGUCGGCGCUGUCGGGCGGCCCCGGGCGGGCCCCGCAGGAGGAGCGGGCGCGCCUGGAGGAGGAGAUGCUGCGGGAGAUCGAGCGCUUCACCCUGGCCUCACACUUCUUCUGGGGGCUCUGGUCCGUGGUGCAGGCCAAGAUCUCCACCAUCCACUUCGGGUACCUGGAUUACGCCCAGAGCCGUUUCCAGGCCUAUUUCCAGCACAAGGCUCGCUGCUGCUGAGGGGACCCCCCAAAUCCCGCCCCGCCGGCCUCUGGGGGGGCGUUGGGACGGUUGGGGGGGUUUCUAACGGUUUGGGGGGGCCCUGACAGUUUGGGGGGCACCAC